CGGCGAGCCUUAACUGCGUUCUCUGCGGUCUCGUUUUGGUGGUGAUUUCCUUCUGCCCUGGAUCCUUGGGCGUGUUGUUUUAUAUUGUUUGUCCUUUCAUCUCCAGCCAGCGCAGACCAAGCGGAAGACGAGGGCGAAAGAGACAUCUUCCUGCUGCUGGCCCAGUUCGCAGUGACUGAAGAGUUCUUUGCUUGCCCUCUUCUUUGCUUCACUCUCAUUUCUGCGUCCAUUGAACUAUCUUUAUAGCUUCGUCUUUCACCUGCGUCCCUAGACCUCAAGAUCACCACCAUGCGCAGCUAGCAACACCCAGCAAACACGCCGAUUCUCUCCUUACCAGCACUUCAGAUCGCUUCAGCAGCUCCAUCCAGGCUCGUCUCCGUGAGAACCAGCAGGAUGGCCGGCGUGGGAGACGCCAUCGACCAGCAGAGCGGGACGGGGCAGCGCUCCAGCGGCAUCUCGAUCUCGACGUUUCUCGCCUCGCUCGCGACGGCCAUCAUCGUCUUCGCCGUCGAAUUCGUUAUCUUCCUCAUCCUCAAGAGCAAGCUUACCAGAAUCUACCAACCGCGCACAUAUCUAGUCCCCGAGCGAGAGAGGACUGCGCCGUCGCCAGCUGGCCUGUUUCGAUGGAUUAUUCCUGUAUUCCGUACGUCGAACUCGGAGUUCAUCAAGAAAUGUGGCCUGGACGCCUACUUCUUCCUGCGUUAUCUACGGAUGCUGCUCAAGAUCUUCAUUCCGCUCUCGAUCGUUAUCCUUCCUAUCCUUAUCCCCAUCAACAAGGUCGGUGGCAGAGACACAAGCCCCAUAGACCCGCUAGACCAUGAAUUUAUGACUCGGUACAACGUCUCCGGGCUGGAUCAGCUGGCAUGGGGGAAUGUCAGGCCUGAACACAGCCAGCGGUACUGGGCACACCUGAUUCUUGCCGUCAUCGUGGUCGUCUACGUCUGCGGCAUCUUCUUCGACGAGUUCAGGGGCUAUAUACGCCUACGACAGUCUUAUUUGACGUCUCCCCAGCACCGUCUACGUGCUUCAGCCACUACGGUGCUGGUCACCUCUAUCCCCAGCAGAUGGUUAUCAGUUGAAGCACUUGAUUCUCUGUUCGACGUUUUCCCCGGAGGUGUCCGUAAUAUCUGGCUUAACCGGGACCUCGACCAGCUGAACGCGAAAAUCAAGCUACGAAAUCAGCUUGCCUUUACUCUCGAGUCCGCUCAGACUGAGCUGAUCAAGAAAUGCAAGCGAGCUCAUUUGAAGCAGAUCAAGGCCGAAGCCAGGAAAGGGAAACAGUCAAAGGAGACCAAGCAGCAAAUCCAAGCUGAAAACGAUCGCAGAACUGCUCAGCUUGUUGAAGGCGCUGGUGUCAGCUCUGGGGACCCUCACCAGACAGCCCACACUGUUCAGGAUCUCCUCCAACCUAAACGUCACAAAGUACAGCAAGUCGGUGCUAAGGUAGGCCACACUGUCGUAGGUGGCUUGAAGAAGAUUGGCGGAAGCGUUCAUCGUCCAGGUGGCCACCACCCUGCAGAUACCCAGGGUAACACGGGACAUGUCGCCGAUGACGCAGAUGUCAGACUCUCCAGCUCGUCUCAGGCCAGUCAUCACCCCAUGGGCAUGGAUGGGACCGUUUUUGACCGUCACGAUGAUGGUCGUCGGUUGACCUCGCCUAGUCCUGAUGUCAGUGGCAGCCCAGCUCUUCCUGAUACAGAACAAACCGGUAAUGGCAAGAAAAAGGACGAAUAUGACGUCGACAAGGAGUAUCCUGUGGCUUACAACGAAGAGUACCAAGAGGACGACUAUGGUGAGCCCGUCUGGAAAAAAUACAUCCGUGAAAAGGACCGAGAGACCAUGCGUAAGAAGGUCGACACCAUAUAUCACUGUCGAAAAGAGCUUGCCCGACUGAAUCUCGAGAUCGAGAUCGACCAACAACAUCCCGAGAAGUUUCCCCUAAUGAAUUCGGCCUUUGUGCAGUUCAACCACCAGGUUGCAGCUCAUAUGGCCUGUCAAAGUGUCAGCCAUCAUAUCCCAAAACAAAUGACUCCUCGUAUGGUAGAAAUUUCUCCUGACGACGUUAUAUGGGACAAUAUGUCUAUCAGAUGGUGGGAGCGGUAUAUCAGAACCUUUGGUGUGAUGCUAAUUGUCGGAGCUAUGGUUAUUGGCUGGGCCUUUCCCGUAGCCUUCACUGGUCUCUUGUCACAGCUAUCGUACCUAGAGAACCAUUUCUCAUGGCUGCGAUGGCUUGGAAAGCUUCCACAGUGGUUGAUAUCUGCUAUACAGGGAAUUCUUCCUCCUCUUUUUCUCUCAAUCCUGAUGGCACUCCUGCCUCUAGUCCUUCGAUUCUUGUCCCGGAAUCAAGGAGUCCACACAGGCAUGGCUAUUGAACUCACUGUACAAAACUACUAUUUUGCCUUCCUCUUUGUCCAGAUAUUCCUUGUUGUCUCAAUAUCUUCCGGCUUUUCAACCAUAAUCGACUCGCUGAAGAACGUCCUGAGUGUACCUGACCUCUUGGCCCAGAAUAUACCCAAGGCUAGCAACUAUUUCUUCUCCUAUAUGGUUCUACAAGCCAUGUCUGUGAGCGCGGGAGCGCUGGUUCAGAUCUUCGCCUUGAUCAGUUGGUUCAUUCUUGCGCCUCUCCUCGAUAAUACCGCUAGGAAGAAGUGGGCGAGGGCAACCAAUCUCAACCAAAUGCAAUGGGGGACUUUCUUCCCUGUUUACACCACAUUGGCGUCAAUUGGUUUGAUUUACUGUAUCAUCUCGCCGUUGAUCAUGGUAUUCAAUGUGCUUACGUUCAGUCUUUUCUGGGUUGUCUAUCGGUACAACACUCUUUACGUUACCAAAUUCCGUUUUGAUACGGGUGGGCUACUCUUCCCACGAGCUAUAAACCAGCUCUUUACCGGUCUUUAUGUCAUGGAGAUUUGCCUUAUCGGAAUGUUCUUCCUUGUCAGAGACGAGAAGAAAGAGGUUGCUUGUGAAGGCCAGGCUAUCUGCAUGAUAAUCGUCCUGAUUCUCACUAUUCUCUUCCAAUACUUCCUAAACGAAGCUUUCAAUCCCUUGUCACUCUACUUGCCUAUCACCCUGGAGGAUGAGGCUACCCAACGUGAUGAAGAGUUUGCUCGUGCCCAACGUCGCAGACGCGGAAUCGAGGAGGACGAUGAAGAGCUGGACAAGGAUGGCCAGCGUGAGGAUGGUGAGAAGGACGGCUCAAUCGAACUCAGUGCUAUGUGUAAUAAUCAGCAGCAGGAGCCAUCUUCUCCCUUCUUCCUCGGGUCUCGACUCAACCGCGUCAGCAGCUCACCCAAGGAGCAGAGGCGCAAAUCUUGGGCGGACAGGUCAUCGAACACCCGCUCGCCGUUCUUCGGUGGACGCUCUGAUCCUAGCAUGCCAACUAUCCGGGCUAUACGAAAGAAACUUGCGAUGGACACCGAGUCACAGGCCCCAGCAACUCAUGCUAUCGGGCAGUCCCUGUUCUCAGGUAUCCACGAUGAACUUGAGGAUCUAACUCCCGAGGAGCGUGAUCAGCUGGUCCAAAGGGCAUUCCAGCAUGAGGCUCUACGUAUGAGACGCCCAGUCAUCUGGAUACCACGAGAUGACAUGGGCGUGAGUGACGAUGAGAUCUUCCGUACUCAGCGGCUCACGAAGCACAUCUGGAUUAGUAACGAGUACCAGGCGUUGGAUGGCAAGUGUCGAGCCAUAUUCAGUCGAAGUCCUCCUGAUUUCUCAGAGGUUGACCUCAUUCAACUGUGA